AUGUGCAGCAUCUCUUCAGUCUUCACUCUGUUCUUCUGUGUCUGUGCUGCUGUGCUGGUGUUGGUGAAAUGCAUGCUGGGAAGGCGCUGGUCUUUCAGAGGUGGCAUGUUGUUGCCGUGUCUGCCGAGAGUGCCCGUACUGGGGAGUCUGCUGCACCUGCGCUCUGCUCUGCCGCCUCACCUGCUGUUCACUCACCUGGCGAGCAGGUACGGCUCUCUGUUCGGCCUGUAUAUGGGUCCACACUUCACGCUGGUGGUGAGUGAAGUGAGUCUGGUGAGAGAGGUGCUGCUGCAGCGUGGAAGAGAGUUUGCUGGACGGCCCAAGAUGGUAACGACGGAUCUGUUGACUCAGGGCGGGAAGGAUAUUGCGUUUGCCGACUACAGUCCUCUGUGGAAGAACCAUCGCAGGCUGGUGCACUCCUCGUUUACACUGUUCGGCGAGGGAUCCAGUAAACUCCAGACCAUCGUUCUGGAGGCGGCCGACAGUCUGUGUGAGGAGCUCCGGGUCUGUGGGGGGCAGAGUUUAGAUCUCAGUCCUGUUCUCAUGCGGGCCGUCACGAAUGUCGUGUGUCGACUCGUGUUCAGUUCCUCGUACCAGCCCAAUGACCCUGAGCUCCUAAAGGUCAUGGAUUACAACGACGGCAUUGUGCAGACCAUCGCCAGAGGAGGACUAGUCGACAUCUUUCCCUGGCUGAGAAUGUUCCCGAACAAAGACCUGAAAAAACUGAAACAUUGUGUGACAGUGAGAGACCAACUACUGAACCACAAACUGCUGGAGCACAAGAUGACCCUAACACCUGGAGAGCCGCGUGACCUGCUGGACGCUCUUCUGAUUGGCCAGAUGAAAGGGUCAGGUGGGGAGGAUGACAUCACUGAUGAUCAUGUGCUCAUGACAGCGGCGGAGGCCUUUGGAGCCGGUGUUGAGACGACAUCCACCACCCUACUGUGGACUAUAGCGUUCUUACUGCACCACCCUCAGGUUCAGGAGCGCGUUCACUCUGAACUGGACGAGUGUUUGGGGAAGGACCGCCCCCCUGCUCUGAGUGACAGGUCCAGGCUGCCCUUCCUGGAGAGUGUUAUCUGUGAGGUCAUGCGGAUCCGUCCCGUCAGCCCGAUCCUCAUCCCGCACGUUGCCAUGCAGGACACCAGUUUGGGAGGUCAUGCAGUUCCUAAAGGAACUCGAGUUUUGGUGAACAUGUGGGCGAUCCACCACGACCCCAAACACUGGGACGAGGCUGAUAGAUUCAGACCAGAGAGAUUCCUCGACGCCUCAGGAAAGAGAAUAUCUCCCUCCAGUUUCCUGCCAUUUGGUGCCGGUCCUCGCGUUUGUGUGGGAGAGUCUCUGGCCAGAAUGGAGCUCUUCCUGUUCGUCAGCUGUCUAUUGCAGCGCUUUCACUUCAGCGUGCCCUCGGGGGCCUCCUUACCUGACCUGCAGGGGCGCUACGGUGUAGUGCUACAACCACAACGCUACAAUGUGAGAGUCACACCACGACACUGA